GACGAGGGUUAGGGUUACAUUCACCGGGCGGACACUGUCUCUCCCAUCUCACCUUUUUGUUUUGCUCUCUUGUUUUUGAUCCGUUGCUUAGUUAUGCAGUGAAGCUUUUAGCUGAUAGGCCAUUAUUACGGACACAGAAGCUAACCCUGAAAACUAGGAUUCCUCUAACGGAACCAUGUAUAGAUGAAUGGUCCCACGCAUUCUAAGCCGCUUCUCAAGUGGGACCCAGUUCAUAUAUGUGUGUCUAUAUAUUCAUAGACAUAGCGUUUUCGCCGCACUGCUCGUUUGCACUCAUUUUUGUUUCGCUUUCUCUUCUCUGCUUCAACAAUGGCGAAAAUCAAGAUCGGAAUCAACGGAUUUGGAAGAAUUGGUCGAUUGGUGGCGAGGGUUGCUCUGCAGAGCGACGAUGUGGAGCUUGUCGCCGUCAAUGAUCCGUUCAUCACCACCGAGUACAUGACAUAUAUGUUCAAAUACGACAGUGUUCAUGGUCACUGGAAGCACCAUGAAGUGAAGGUGAAAGAUUCCAAGACCCUUCUGUUUGGCGAAAAGCCUGUUACUGUCUUUGGUUCCAGGAAUCCCGAGGAGAUUCCAUGGGGUGAGGCUGGAGCUGAGUUCGUCGUGGAAUCCACGGGAGUUUUCACCGAUAAGGACAAAGCUGCCGCUCACAUUAAGGGGGGAGCGAAGAAGGUGAUAAUAUCGGCACCGAGCAAAGACGCUCCAAUGUUUGUGGUGGGUGUGAACGAGAAAGAAUACACCAGCGACCUCAAUAUCGUCUCCAACGCAAGCUGCACCACCAACUGUCUUGCUCCUUUGGCUAAGGUGAUCAACGACAAGUUUGGGAUCGUGGAGGGUCUCAUGACCACCGUUCACUCCAUGACCGCGACGCAGAAGACGGUGGAUGGGCCGUCGAUGAAGGACUGGAGAGGGGGAAGGGCUGCGAGCUUUAACAUAAUACCGAGCAGCACUGGAGCGGCCAAGGCCGUAGGGAAGGUUCUUCCCGAACUCAACGGGAAGCUGACCGGAAUGGCAUUCCGUGUUCCGACAGUGGAUGUCUCCGUCGUCGAUCUCACCGUUAGGCUCUCCAAGAAUGCCUCCUACGACUCCAUCAAAUCCGCCCUCAAAGAGGCAUCUGAAGGGAGUAUGAAGGGAAUUCUUGGCUACACGGAGGACGACGUCGUAUCCUCCGACUUUGUCGGCGAUAGCAGGUCGAGCAUAUUCGACGCGAAGGCGGGAAUAGCGCUGAACGACAACUUCGUGAAAAUAGUGUCGUGGUACGACAACGAGUGGGGCUACAGCAACCGUGUCGUCGACUUGGUCCGCCACAUCGCCUCCCUCAACUGAUGACCUCCCUCACCCUCUCCAAAUAUCAAGCCAUUGUUAUCAUUAUUCUCUGACCCAAAUAAACAAUGCGUAAUAGCAUCAUGCUUUCCUUAGCCUACACGAAUAAUCUUAUCACAUUUUUACUCUUCGGCUUUAUUACAUUACAUUUGCUUUCUCAAAACCUAUCUACAGCUUUUUUUUUA